CUGGUGCUGCCUUUUUUGGGCAGAAAAAAGGGAGGGAGAUUUUUUUCUCGAUCACCAUCUUACUAUAAAAGCAUGUGCACAGGUGACGCCCAUCCCCAUUGGCCCUGCACAAGAAAGGACAGACAAGGAUAGAGCUCCACCAUGGUGCACAAAGUAGCAGUGAUCGGGGCGGGCCCCUCUGGUCUGACCAGCAUUAAGGCUUGUCUGGAUGAGGGCAUGGUGCCAAUCUGUUUCGAAAGCAGCGAUGAUAUGGGCGGACUAUGGAAGUUCAAGGAGGUUUCAGAGCCAAACAGGGCUAGCAUCUACCGCUCCCUUACCAUCAACAUUUCCAAGGAGAUGAUGUGCUACAGUGACUUCCCCAUCCCUGCUGAUUACCCCAACUACAUGCACCACUCUAAAAUCCUGAAAUACUUCAGGAUGUAUGCAGAACACUUUAAACUGCUGCAACACAUUCGCUUUCAGACAUCAGUCAAGAGUGUUAAACAGAGAUCAGACUUUUCCCGCACUGGUCAGUGGGAAGUGGUGACAGAGAACAGAGAUGGACAGGAGGAGAGGCAUGUCUUUGAUGCCGUCAUCUGCUGCUCUGGUCACUACACCUACCCUAACCUGCCGCUCAAAGACUUCCCAGGAAUUGAGACGUUUGAAGGCAAAUACUUCCACAGCUGGGACUACAAGGGGCCUGAACACAUGAUCGGGAAGAGAGUGGUGGUCAUCGGCAUUGGUAACUCAGGAGGUGACAUCGCUGUGGAGAGCAGCAGAGUGGCAGAGCAGGUGUAUAUGAGCACUCGUCGUGGCGCCUGGGUCAUCCGUCAGGUUUCCGACAACGGCCUGCCAGUGGACAUGAAGUACAACACGCGCUUUGUCCACAUCCUCUUCCAGCUGUUGCCCAUCAACGUGCUUAACUGGAUUGGCGAGAACAAACUCAACGCCAUGUAUGACCACACCAUGUAUGCCCUCAAACCCAAACACAGACUCUUCAGUCAGAUCCCAGUGAUCAACGAUGACCUGCCGCUGAAGAUUCUGUCUGGGUCGGUCAUUAUCAAACCAAACGUGAAGGAGAUCCGUGGCUCCACCGUGGUGUUUGAGGAUGGCAGCACUGUGGAAAACGUGGAUGUAAUCGUGUUCGCCACAGGCUACAGCUAUGAUUUCCCUUUCCUGCCGAGCAAUGCUAUGUACAAGUCCGGGCACCGUAUGGGUCUGUACAAGCACGUCUUCCCUCCCAACCUGGAGCACCCCACUCUGGCUAUUGUGGGCUUCAUCCAUGCUCUUGGAGCCAUCAUGCCCCAGGCUGAGAUGCAAGCCCGCUGGGUCGCACGUGUCUUCAAAGGGAAGAAAAAGCUGCCCUCAAACCAGGCCAUGAUAAAGGCUGUGGAGCAGGACACCAAGGACAUUUCCAAAAACUACAUUGUGUCAAAGCUGACACCCCUGCAGGUGGACUUUGUUUCCUACAUGGAUGACUUAGCCGGGGAAGUUGGGGUGCGGCCCAGUCUCCUCUGGCUCUUCUUCACAGACUACACAAUGUUUAAGAAGGUUUUGUGGGGACCCGUCACUGCCUACCAGUACCGCUUGAUGGGACCAGGGAAAUGGGAGGGAGCCCGCAAAGCAAUCCUUACCCAGUUUGACCGCAUGUACCAGCCACUAAAAACCAGACAGCUGGAGGCACAAGAGACCUCCAUCGCUGGCCGCCUGUUUAAGCUGAGCCUGACUGCCAUCGCUGGAGGAGCUGCUGUCUACUACGUCCAUGUGCGCAGCCCAGACACCAUCCCUACCCUGCUGUCCAAAAUCCGCCCACAAGCAGUCUAAACAUGCUGCAUCAAUCAAGCAAUUCGAAACAUGCUAACCAAACACUAUAUCUUAAUCUAGUUCAGUUCACUCCUGAUAAGCUGGUGAUUAUGGCAAUGAUUAGAGGGGUCGCUGUCUGAGCUGUUGAUUAAUGCUCCAGGUAUUCCAUUCAUUAGUCCAUCUAUUGCAUCUAUACAUUUAGUUUAUCUUAAUGCCUAAACUUUUUCCUAAAAAGAAAAGUGAUGCUGACAUGCAGCUAUUUACAUUAAAUAAAAAAUGUACAGGAGAUGUCACAAAUCCUGGUUUACAUUGUGUAUCUACACAAAGGAUCCAAACUAGGCUGUGCGUUCCAAUCCCCACAGUACCAUACUAUAGAGUAUACCAGAGAAAGAUUUACAUGUCCCAAUACAUGUAGGUGAGUGCAGUAUGCCAAAAAUACCAGGAUGUUCUACUACAUCUGGUCCGAUUUUGCAGUUUGCAAGCCAGCAUGCUUUUCUGGCUGUUCUGACCCACAAUCCUCUGCACAGCAGACGAUACAUCACAUCAACUGAGCUGCAAACAGAUGACAGCUUGACUGCUGAUCGACAGCUGUCAGAAGUCGCAAUAAAGGAUGACAGUGGAUUCAAGUAACUGAUGACGAGAAGAAGAGUAAUGAUAGGAAUAUUGAUUGUCUAAGUUAACAAAAUAAUCGUAAAUAUUACAAACAACAACAGGACAUACCUAUAAAAAUAACCAGAGAUGGGACCAAGUCACACAUGUGCAAGUCUCAAGUAAGUCUCAAGUCUUAACCUUCAAGUCUCAAGUAAGUCCCAAGUCAUUUUUUCUUGGGCAAGUCAAGUCAAGUCAAGUCAAGUCAAGUCACGUCACAGGUUAUGUCAAGUCAAGUCAAGUCCUGUAAUAGGUCAAGUCCAAGUCAAGUCACCUUAUUAUUGUAAUUUUACCUGCAGAAUCUGAUCUUAAUAAAGUGAAAAGACAAGAUAUAAGUAACUGUCAGUAAACAUCAUUGGCCAAUGUGUCCAACCUGUUUAAAAAAUAUGACAAUAAUUUGGAUUUGCAUUGUAAUUACUGAUAUUUAGUAAAAUACAUCAUGGAAUCAAACAAAACAGAAAUAACUUCAUAAAAUUAUUUAUUGAUGGCUUUCAGUCCAAACAAGAUCACUUCUGCCAGCAGUGUUUGAAAUAUUUUAGUUGGCAAGAAAAAAAAGGCAAACAUAAAAACCUGAAAGAUUAAACCUGUUAUAGAGCAUCAGAAACAUCUGUAUGUGUUUCAGACUUCAUCGCUGCAAUGUUUACUUUGCAGGGACGACCCCCAUGCGCGCGCGCACACACACACACACACACACACACACACACACACUAACCAAGGCAGCGGCCAAAAUCACCCAUUUAGCUCAUUUAACCCUGUGUUGCUCGUUCAUAAAACGUACAGCCGGUCUUGUGAUGAACCGGUCGGAAUGUUCGCUCACGUUUUCUGGGCUUAAUGUUAGUAAAUAAAUUAAAAAACAAGCCUCAGCCUGCGCUCCUACCGGGUAAUCAACAUUCAUUCAUUCAUUCAUCUUCUAACCGCUUCAUCCUCUUGAGGGUCGCGGGGGGGCUGGAGCCUAUCCCAGCUGACAUCGGGCGAGAGGCAGGGUACACCCUGGACAGGUCGCCAGACUAUCGCAGGGCUGACACAUAGAGACAAACAACCAUUCACGCUCACAUUCACACCUACGGACAAUUUAGAGUUAUCAAUUAACCUAGUCCCCAAUCUGCAUGUCUUUGGACUGUGGGAGGAAGCCGGAGUGCCCGGAGAGAACCCACGCUGACACGGGGAGAACAUGCAAACUCCGCACAGAAGGGCUCCCACACCCGGGAUCGAACCGGCAACCCUCUUGCUGUGAGGCGACAGUGCUAACCACCACACCACCGUGCCGCCCGUAAUCAACAUUAUUUUUUUAAAUUAAUUUAUUAAUUUUAUAUUCAAACUGAAAACAUGAUCUGAAUAACACUCAAGUCAUUCAAGUCAUCGUGUCUCAAGUCAAGUCAAGUCCCGAGUCUUUAACUUCCAAGUCCGAGUCAAGUCUCAAGUCUUUUAUUUUUGGUCAAGUCAAGUCACAAGUCAUCAAAACAGCGACUCGAGUCAACUCGAGUCCAAGUCACAGUGACUCGAGUCCCCAUCUCUGAAAAUAACAAUGAUAGAAAUGCAGAUGUAAUUUCACUGUUGCAGAUAUCAUAUGUUAGAAUCUACAAUCUGUGCAGUUAUAACUUUAAAGUUAAACUACAUACUUUGCAAAGUAUCAACAGCAGAGCUCUCCAGUUUAAACUGCCUCUCUGGUGAACUCGAUAAGUGGCGUUUGUUUAUCUCCAAGGUAACGGAUAUAAAAGCAAGUUCAGGGCGUAAUGUUAUGAGACACUAUACAUCCCAAUGUUGUGCAUACUGCAUGCAACACUACAUACUUUUUAAGGGCAGCUGCAGUGCAUACUACAAGUAAAAAGGAAAAGUAUGUGAUUCAGAAUACACCGUGAGUCUCCAGUGUCAGUCACACACUGUGCAUCCAUUAAUCCAUCUGACCGACUGCACUUCCUACACUGAAACACAAAACUGGAAGUAAAUGUAAACAGAUUUUACAAAUGUGGAGUGGCAGAAGAUAGAUAAGCUAAACCUGUUUUUUUAUUCCUUUGUAAUUUCUUUACUGUCUGUUGGAAUUUGCUGAGCUAACCAGGCGUGUUUACGUCAUACUUAACUUGAAGUCACCAUGAAUGUGAAAGAGUGUUUUUUCUGUGUGAAUAAAGCAAUAUGUUAUACAUCUCA